AUGUCUCUUUCUGUUGAAGCCCGCCAUCUCUACAUCGAAAGCCUGGAUAUUCCCGAGGGUGCUUCCACCAGAGUCUCCAAAGGCUCCUCCGCUGCUGUCAAUGGUGGCUCGGUGGAUACAUUUGUUGGAGGCUUAUCGGGGCUCAACAAGGAGGACGUCCUGAAUUCCACUCUGCUUGCCCAACUCUCUGCUAACCAGGCUGCCGGUGGGGACCGAAUUCGAUGGUACAAUAAGUACAGGGAAGUCCUCGAGAAUAUCGGAUGGGUCGUCCAAGACUUCACGUUCAAAGAACUCGAUAAUGCCACCGCUCACGGUUCCGUGGAUCAAGCCAUCAUUGCUAUUCUGAAGUCCUAUCUCAGUCAUACAGCACUCGCUGAUUUCAAGGCUACGAUUGACGCCAUGAAGAAACCCGCGAACAACAACGCUAACAAGUUGUUCGAAAUGAAUGCCUGGAAGGGGCAGGAAAGUGACUUCCAGCUUGGUGUAGCCUCUGCAUCUCACGACGAUGUCCAGUUUCGUAUUGGAUCCUUCACUUACCAGGCUCAGGGGUCCCAGAACGACGUCCUCUUCUUCAAAUUCGGGCAUGAUCAUGUCAAGUUCAUGUACUCCACACAGAACAUGGUGUUGAACUUGAAAGUCUACGAGAAGGUCAGGGCGGCGGUGAACCAAAAGCUUGGCUCCCACGUCAAGAGUUACAUCGACGGACUGAAACUCUGA